GAGUAAAUAUGACCGGCAAACGAAUGAUGGGUUUGCUGAUCGUUGCCCUCUUCGCAGUGGCAGGGCAAAGUGUUAAGGCGUUAGAACUCGGUCAAGACUGUGUGAAUCCUGUGGGCGAGCCUGGUAAAUGUGUCCUAUUUAGAGAGUGUCAACCCCUGAUCACCAUCUACAACAAACCGAUCAAUACACCGGACGAUACGCAAUUUCUGACGGAAAGUCGUUGUGGAGUUUACGAGCGCAAAACAUUGGUAUGUUGUGCAGGGGUGAAGGACACUGGAAAAACUUCACUGCCAGAACCGCCGAACUGCGGUAUCCAGUUGUCGGAUCGCGUGAUUGGUGGACAGCCAACAAAAAUCGACGAGUUCCCGUGGACGGCGUUGAUCGAGUACCAGAAACCGGAUGGACGGUUCGGUUUCCACUGUGGAGGUUCUAUCAUCAAUGAGCGUUACAUCGUUACCGCUGCCCACUGCAUCAAUUCGAUUCCUCGAGGCUGGAAGGUACAUCGUGUACGUUUGGGCGAAUGGGAUCUGAACUCUUCCAACGACUGUGAGGACGACUUCUGCUCCAGCGCUCCGAUCAAUCUGGACAUCGAGAAGAUCAUUGUACACACCGGGUACGAUACACGGGAUAAGAGCCACCACAACGAUAUUGCACUGAUUCGCUUCACCAGGGCAAUUCACUAUUCCGAAACGGUUCGGCCCAUUUGUUUGCCUCUGUCUGCCUCCAUUCGUAACCGUAAGCACUCGGGACUCUCGAGCUAUGCUGCCGGCUGGGGUAAAACGGAGACUGCCUCUGCUAGCACGAAGAAGCUAAAGGUGGAACUGAAUGUUGUCGACCUGAAGGACUGUGCGCCGGUGUAUCAGCGCAGUGGCAUUUCCCUGGAUUCGACGCAAAUGUGUGCCGGUGGAGCACGGUUGAAGGACACAUGCAGCGGUGAUUCCGGUGGCCCACUAAUGCGACAGUUCACCGGUUCGUGGUACCUGAUCGGUGUGGUUAGCUUUGGACCACAGAAGUGUGGCACGGCCGGCGUACCGGGUGUGUACACUAAUACGGCAGAGUAUGUCGAUUGGAUACGGGACAAUGUGUACUAGAAAGCCAAACGACCGAUUGCUUUACACGCAACAAAGUGACAUGUAAUAUGUGUGUGUAAGUGACUAAUCUAAAUCGUAGAAAUAAAAUAUUCGGAUGAAAUAAACCU